AUGGUGGUUGUGCCACAGUGUCUGUAUGAGCUGCUGGCUGCAUUGCCAGCCCAGCUGCAGCCAUAUGUAGACAGCCAGGAAGACCUGACCUUCCUCUGGGAUAUGUUUGGUGAAAAAAGCCUUCAUUCACUGGUAAAGAUUCAUGAGAAACUGCAUUACUUUGAAAAACAGAGCCCUGUACCCAUACUCCAUGGUGCAGCAGCCUUGGCAGAUGAUCUGGCUGAGGAGCUGCAGAGCAAGCCAUUGAACACUGAGAUCGGAGAGCUGUUGAAACUACUGUCUAAACCAAAUAUCAAGGCUUUGCUCUCUGUACAUGAUACUGUUGCUCAGAAGAACUAUGAUCCAGUAUUGCCUCCCAUCCCUGAUGAUAUUGAUGAGGAGGAAGACUCAGUAAAAAUAAUCAGACUGGUCAAAAAUAGGGAACCACUGGGGGCUACUAUUAAAAGGGAAGAACAUACUGGUGCAAUUGUGGUGGCUAGAAUAAUGCGAGGAGGAGCUGCCGACAGAAGUGGUCUUAUUCACAUUGGUGAUGAACUUAGGGAAGUCAAUGGGAUUCCUGUAGAUGAUAAAAAACCUGAAGAAAUAAUACAAAUUUUGGCUCAGUCUCAAGGAGCAAUUACGUUUAAAAUUAUACCUAGUAUCAAAGAGGAAACACCCACAAUAGAAGGCAAGAUGUUUAUCAAAGCCCUAUUUGACUAUGAUCCUACUGAGGAUAAAGCAAUUCCUUGUAAAGAAGCUGGGCUUUCUUUCAGAAAAGGAGAUAUCCUUCAGAUCAUGAGCCAAGAUGAUGCAACCUGGUGGCAGGCUAGACAUGAAGGUGAUUCCAAUCCCAGAGCAGGCUUGAUCCCUUCAAAACAUUUCCAGGAGAGGAGAUUUGCAUUGAAAAGACCAGAAGUACAUAUGCAGCAACUGAAAAUUUCCAACAGAAAAUCAUAUGCUGAAUGUGCUGGUUACAACAGUGGAACCUAUAUAGCUGGUUUUAGGAGAAGCUUUCGUCUUAGCAGAAAAGAUAGAAAGACAAAUAAAUCCAUGUAUGAAUGCAAGAAGAGUGAUCAGUAUGAUACAGCAGAUGUCCCAACAUAUGAAGAAGUUGCACCAUAUCGACGACAGCCUAAUGAGAAAUACAGGCUUGUAGUUUUGGUCGGUCCUGUGGGUGUAGGGUUGAAUGAACUUAAACGAAAAUUGUUGAUCAGCAAUACCCAGCAUUAUGGUGUAACAGUGCCGCACACGACUAGAGCAAGAAGAGGCCAAGAAAGUGAUGGUGUUGAGUACAUUUUCAUUUCCAAGCACUUGUUUGAGACAGAUGUACAGAAUAACAAGUUUAUUGAAUAUGGUGAAUAUAAAAACAACUACUACGGUACAAGCAUAGACUCUGUUCGAUCUGUUCUAACUAAAAACAAAGUUUGUUUGUUGGAUGUGCAGCCUCAUACAGUGAAGCAUUUAAGAACAUUAGAAUUUAAACCAUUUGUGAUAUUUAUAAAGCCUCCAUCACUUGAGCGUUUGAGAGAGACCAGAAAAAAUGCCAAGAUUAUUUCAAGCAAAGAUGAAAAAGUGGCUGCAAAACCCUUCGCAGAAGAAGAUUUUCAAGAAAUGAUUAAAUCUGCACAGAUGAUGGAAAGCCAAUACGGCCAUCUCUUUGACAAAGUUAUAGUCAACGAUGACCUCACCACAGCUUACAAUGAGUUGAAAGCAACAUUUGACAAAUUGGAAACAGAGACCUUUUGGGUUCCAGUCAGCUGGUUGCAUUCAUAA